CUAGCUGUAUAUAAGGAAGUUUGCCUGUACUACCUCCAGUGUGUUAAGUUCAGGUGUAGGAGCUUGAACCAGUCCUUCAGAAGAUCAGGGGUUCUGUAAAUGUUUUCCUCUUAGCUCAGCUGUCUUCCUUUUUGCUUUUUUGGUCUUCAAAUUUUUGUGGGUUUGUGAAGAAGGAUGACAAGCAGGAGAAGCUCAAAUGAUUCUCAAAAGACCCUGAAAAUCGAGCAGGAUGACAGGUUCUUCUCAAGGCUUUUAGCCAAGGAGGUCCCUGUGGGAAACUCCUCAUUUGGGGUCUACCAUGGGGAAGCAUCUGCGGGAGUUCCAUUCACAUGGGAGUCUCAACCCGGUACCCCUAAAUUCAAGUUCCCGGAAACCCCUCUCCCACCUCUCACACCCCCACCCUCUUACUAUUCCACCACCAUGAAAAACUCCAUGAAAAGGCACUCAAAGCCCGGGUUCUUGAACAUCAUCUUCCAUAAGCUCACUUCAAGGAAAAUCAGUCUUCCAACAUCUCCCGCCUCUUCCACUUCCUCAUCGUCCUCAUCAUCACAGUCAAGGUCGUCUUCUCCAACAACCCCUUCAAUUUUCCAUGCUCGAGUCCGAAACUCAAGCAGAAGACGAUCAUUUGAUUCAAGGGCAUACGAAGAAGACUAUGAGCACGAAUCGCCUACUUCAACCUUGUGCUUUGGGAUUGGUUGCAGAAUGGAUUCUAGGUUUGGAGGCUUUCUGUUCAACUACCAUGAAGGCAUUCCUAGGAGAUUUUCUAUAAAUUCUUGAUUUUUAGAGGGCUCCUUGUUGGUUUAGAGUAUGCCAUGCCUUGCUAAAUGUUGCUGUAUGAUCAAAACAUGGCAAUAAUAAUAAUAAUAAUAAUAAUAUAUAUAUAGACAUGGUAAUCUCUAUAGUUGUAGUAUCAAAAGAAGAAAUUGUGCCGCGAGCUUGGAUGAUUGAAAAUA